AUGGUGCAGAUUGGAAAUUGCUCUAUCCCUACUGAUUUCCAGAUUGUGGAAAUGAGAGAGAGUAGCCAUAGACCUCUCAUAUUUGGAACCCCUUUCCUGUCUACUGUGGGUGCCAUAUUUGAUUUCCCCAAUCAAAGAAUCUCUUUCAACAAGGUGAACAAGGGUAUGUUCUUCCCUAUGUGUUCAACAAAGAACUCUUUUGUUGACAUGGUCCAAGAGGAGAAAGCUACUUUGAAGCCACCCCAAGAAGGAGAAACUGAAGAAACAAUCAAGGAAGAUCCCAUUCCUAAGCCCAAGCAGCUUGCCAAACAAGCAAGGAGUAAGACUAAGGCCCCUACACCAAAACCGCCCAAGGGAUCAACCAAGAUUGAAGAUGAGGCCAAGCCAAGAAGGAAGGUUAGAAAGCCUAGGUCUGGCCGCAACAUGAAGCUUCUAUUCCCAAAGGAGCUUAUUGAUGAGAAUCUAGAAGGAUUCAAGGAGAAAGUGACAAGAACUCUAAAGCUUUUUCCUAAGGCAGUAGUGCCAAGGGACAUUCAUGGAGAGAUUGUCUAUCCAGCUGUGAAUCACCCACCAGAUACUCAUUGCAAGGAGAAAAGACUUGGAGGAUCAAAGAUGCCUCUUGUCUCCAUCUUCUCCUGA